CGGCUUCUACGGAGGGCAAUUACCACCAGUUUACAGCUGGCCUCCGAGAAGAGUCACAGUUCAAUAGCGAUUCCCGCUGUCAGUUCUGGUAUUUUUGGAUUUCCCCUAAAAAUAUGUGUUGAAAACAUAGUGGAAGCUAUACGGGACUACGUAGAGACGCCGGGACAACAGAGCACUUUACAGAGAAUCCAUCUUGUAGACACGAAUGAUGAAACCGUCAAGAUUUUCUCUGAGGCUACAAAGGCCAAAUUUGGUAACCAAAGGAGUGCUAUGCCAUCUACAGCAAUGGCACCCCCAGCCGGUCACAAGAGCGGCACAGAACCCACCAGCACCGGUGAAUAGAGGUAAUGACAACACUGUGGUGACCAAGGAAGGACUGAAGAUCAAGCUGCUUCAGAAGAACAUUGAGGACUGUUCGACGGAUGUCAUUGUGAACAGUGUAGGAGCCGAUCUGAACCUGAAUAUUGGUGCCGUAUCCAAAGCCUUGCUGAGGCGGGCAGGAUCCAAUAUGCAGCAACUCCUGAACAAUGCGAAUCUCGGCACUCUGGGGGCCCCAGGAUCCGUGUUCAGCACCAGCAGCUGCAAUCUCAACUGUCAAGAGGUUCUUCAUGUUGUGGCUCCUCAAUGGGACAGCGGACAA